ACGCUCCCUGAACGUCACACAUCGGGGUGGUUCCUGGUCGGCUGCGUUGAUACGUAAUGUGUGUAAACCUGUUUAAAUGUAAGAUUUCUACGCGACAUACACAUUAGAUCAACACAAUGCAGUAAAAUACAUUAGAACUGCUUUGAUUUAGUAUCCUAACGCUAAAAAAAAACCAUGUUCCCACGAGAUUUUGCGUGGGGAGCGGGAACUGCUGCGUAUCAAAUUGAAGGUGGCUGGCAGGCAGACGGCAAGGGACCGAGUAUCUGGGACACAUUUUGUCACGAGAAAGGCAGAGUGUUUGGGGAGCAGAAUGGAGAUGAGGCCUGCAGCAGCUACGAGCUGUGGGAGAAGGACCUGGAGUGUAUCCAGCAGCUUGGACUGACACACUAUCGUCUGUCUCUCUCCUGGGCCCGCCUGCUGCCUGAUGGGACGACACGACACGUCAAUCAAAAAGGUGUGCAGUACUACAACAAGGUGAUCGAUGAUCUGCUGGCCUGCAGUGUAUCACCUAUGGUCACACUUUACCACUUCGACCUGCCUCAAGCUCUCCAGGAUCAGGGGGGCUGGAAAUCCGCAGCUACAGCGACCCUGUUUGACAGCUACGCCAAGUUUUGUUUCCAAACAUUUGGCGACCGCGUCAAACUCUGGAUCACUAUCAACGAGCCCUACGUGUGCGCCAAACUAGGCCACGAAGACGGCAUCCAUGCCCCGGGGUUAAAAGAACCGGGGACUGCCGCCUACCUGGUGGGCCAUAACAUGCUGCGAGCCCACGCCAUGGCCUGGCACAGCUACAACUCCCGCUACAGGACGCAGCAGGAGGGCGCCGUGUCUCUGGCCAUCAACAGUGACUGGCUCGAGCCGCUGCACGCGGGUCGCACCGAGGAUAUCGAUGCCACUGAACGCCUCCUGGCCUUCACACUCGGGUGGUUCGCCUGGCCCGUGUUUGUAACUGGAGAUUAUCCAGAAGUGAUGAGAUCUGCCAUCGACGCUCAAAGUGAGAAGUUGGGCUGCGGCUCCAGACUGCCCAGUUUCUCCAAGGACGAGCCUGCAGUUCUGGGCACAGCCGACUUCUUUGCAUUGAACUACUACACGUCUCGUAAAGUGAAGCCAGGAGCCGGUUGUGGAGAGAUGUUGUGUAUGAAGAGCGACCGAGAUGCAGGAGAAGUUUUGGAUCCGUCCUGGCCUGUUUGCGGUGUGUCCUGGCUCGCUGUCGUGCCCCAUGGGUUAAGGAAACUUCUCAAGUACAUCAAGGACACUUUCAACAACCCAGCAGUCUACGUCACAGAGAGCGGCUUCUCUCAGGUGGGGCCGCUGCAGCUCCACGAUGUCCAGCGCGCAGAGUUUCACAAGGACACCAUCUUGGAAGUGGCUAAAGCUUUACAAGACGAUAAGGUCAACGUGCGAGGAUACUUCACAUGGUCUCUGCUGGACAACUUCGAGUGGGCGGACGGGUUCAGCGUUCGUUUUGGAUUGUUCCAUGUCGACUUCACGGACGCAAAGCGAAGCCGAACCGUAUACCAGUCUGGGCGGGAGUAUGCGAAGAUUAUCUCGAAAUACAAAUGUGGUCAAUCCAGAUGAGGAGACGGAAUAAUACAAAUAAAAACUUCAUACG